AUGGCUGUCUCUUCCCAACUUCGCCUUUUGUUGGCACUUGCAACCUUGGCUUCAGCCGGUGCAUUUGCCCCCAACAUUAAUACCAUCAAGACCUCAUUGACGACGACCGACAAUGAACCGUCGUCAGUAGUCUUGUUUGAAACCAAGAAACCGAAAAAGGGUGGUCUAGACGAGGGCGUCAGGAAUAAACUUCUCAGUGAAUCGAUCGCUCCUUGGAGAACACUGCGCCUCUUCUUGUAUGGAUCUCUUGGUUCGGGAGCCUUUGUCGGGGGUCUCAUCAACAUCAGUGGAGCAGUCGCUGCGUCCGCCAGUCCUGACUUUAAUCUGAACAAAGAGCUUAUGAAUGUUGGUAUCGACUUUGCAGCAGUUGCUGUCUUCGGAUUCUUGGCAAAAUAUGACAUUGACAAACAGAAUGAACUCCAAACAAAAGUUGAAGAAAAGGUACAGAGGAAAAAGGAAGAGAAGAAGAUUAUUAAACAGAUGAAUGAGCGAACGAGUAUUCUGAAAACACUUCCACUGGAAAUCACAGUAUCAACGGAGGGAGACACACGCCAAGCUACUGUUAACGAGAUGCAAAUGGGAGCAAAGCAACACAUGAUUCUUGUAAUCGGACCGAGAAAGGCAUGCAAGGAUGCUUUGGUUGGAGCCAACCUUCUGAAAAUGGACUUUGCGCUCAGUAACGUGCUUGUUGUUCCAUACGAUACAUCUGCGGGAACCAACGACAUUCGCCCAAGCGGAGGUUUUGGAGAGAGGCCUAGUUACGAAACUCAACCAUUCAUUGCAAGACCGACUGGAGAAGGAUGGAAUGAAUACGUGAAAGCCGAGAUGGAUGAUGCCGUAAAGCAAAGUGGGGAGAAUGCAAGAGAAGAGGGUAUUGCAAUCGUCGUUGCGAGUAAUGGAAAGGUCAUCCGUCGCGGCGUUGGAACUGUUCCAUGGAGACAAAUGGUGGAACAACUGGAGGAAGAAGUGAACCCAAAUCCAGACAAACCCUUGACAUGGCUCUAA